GCCGUGCCCGUGAGGGGCCGGGCACAGCGCGGACGGCCGGACCCGCAGCCCCUCGGGCCGUGCCCGUGAGGGGCUGGCUGGUCGAGACGGCCACCUCGGGCCGUCCUUAGGUGCUCCCGACGAGCCCUGGGCCAGGCGGGAUGUGUGUAGGAAUCCCAGCUGGCCCGGGCAGGGCUGCCGAGAAUUGGAGCAGCAUCACCUGCGUGGGCCGGCACAGACAGACGAGCACCGGACUCGUGGCUGAGUGCGAUAAGGGCGGCCAAACCACGACUCGUCUGGCAGUUCUCCAGGCUUUAGAGGAUGGGCUGAAGAAGGCAGAGGCAGAUCCCUCAGUGAAAGCUGUUAUGAUUUGUGGUGAAAAUGGGAAAUUCAGUGCAGGAGCUGACAUCCGAGGAUUUUCCUCUCCGAAGAGACACGGAGGUGCCCUGGGCCCCAUCGUGUCUCUCAUCGAAAGCAGCGAGAAGCCGGUGGUGGCGGCCAUCGAAGGCGUCGCUUUGGGAGGAGGCCUGGAGGUGGCGCUGGGCUGUCACUACCGCAUCGCACACGUGAAGGCUCGGAUGGGUUUGCCAGAGGUCACUAUAGGGUUACUUCCAGGUGCUGAAGGCACUCAGCGACUCCCCAGACUGAUUGGAGUACCAGCUGCUCUGGAUAUGAUCACUACAGGAAAACACAUUCCAGCAACUGAAGCACUGAAGCUGGGCUUGGUUGAUGAAAUCGUGGAAGAAAACACCAUUGAGGCAGCAAUCCGUUUGGCAAACAAAGUGAUUGGUCAGCCCCUGGGACCCCGCAGGCUCAGCCUUAAGCCAGUUCCCAAAGUGCCCGACAUGGAAGCGUUUCUGCGUGAAGCUCUUGUGAAGGUGAAGAAACAGGCGCGGGGGUGCCUGGCUCCGGAGCUGUGCUUCCAGGCCGUGCGAGCCGCCGCCGAGAGGCCCUUUGCCGAGGGGGUGCGGCGGGAGCGGGAGCUGUUCCAGGUGCUGCUGACCUCGGGGCAGGCCCGGGCGCUGCAGUACGCCUUCUUCGCCGAGAGAGCCGUGCGCAGGUGGGCAACUCCCGGCGGAGCCUCCUGGAGCAGCGCUGCCCCGCAGCCCGUGCGCAAGGCCGCCGUCAUAGGGCUGGGAACGAUGGGCCGAGGCAUUGUGACUUCUCUGGUUAAGGCCAACAUACCUUUGGUAGCCCUGGAGCAGGAUCUGGAAUAUCUGAACAAGGGAAGAAAAGCUGUGAUGCUCCUUUUGGAACGUGAGGCUAUGAAAAUGGAGGGGGGUGCCCAGACCCUGGAUUUCCAUAACCCUGCACGUCUCCAGUUCACUGUGGACUUUGAUCUGUUGCGUGAUGUAGACCUAGUCAUCGAGGCUGUGUUUGAGAACAUGGCACUGAAGAAGGAAAUAUUCCACAAGCUGUCAAAGAUCUGCAAGCCAGGAGCCUUGCUGUGUACAAACACAUCAGCCCUGAACAUCGACGAAAUAGCUUCUGCCACGAGCUGCCCACAGCAGGUCAUUGGCACCCACUUCUUCUCCCCUGCCCACGUGAUGAGGCUGCUGGAAAUCAUCUACGGCCGCCACACGUCCCCCACCGCCAUCGCCACUGCUAUGCAGCUGGCCAAAGCCCUGAAAAAAGUGGGAGUGGUGGUAGGGAAUUGUUUUGGGUUUGUUGGGAAUCGCAUGAUGUUUCCGUACGUCCAACAAGCAGUUUUCCUUUUAGAGGAAGGAAGCAGACCAGAAGCAGUAGAUCAGGUUCUUGAAGAUUUUGGGUUUAAGAUAGGCCCUUUCCGCAUGUCUGACCUGGCUGGGCUGGAUGUGGGCUGGAGGUCUCGGAAGGAUCAGGGCCUGACUGGGCCAUCCCUCCCCGCAGGCACGCCGGCCCGGCAGCGGCACGGGCAACGCUACAGCCCCCUGCCAGACCUCCUGUGUGAGCAGGGCCGCUUCGGCCAGAAAACCGGCAAGGGCUGGUACCAGUACGAGAAGGCUGGGGGCAGGACAGCCACGCCAGACCCAUGGCUCCACAACUUCCUGUCCCAGUACAGAGACACCCAUCGCAUCAAGACCCGCUUUAUAGACCAGGAGGAAAUCCUGGAGCGGUGUUUGUUUUCCCUCAUCAACGAGGGGUUUGCCAUCCUGGAUGAGGGAAUAGCAUCAGGCCCAGAGCACCUGGAUGUCAUUUACAUCAAUGGCUAUGGGUGGCCGAAGCACAGGGGCGGCCCCAUGUUCUACGCCUCCACUGUGGGGCUCUCCCGCGUGCUGGCUAAACUGCAGAAAUACUCCGAGGCCCACCCUGAUGUGCCCGGGCUACAGCCCAGUGCCUUUCUGAAAAAGCUGGUGGCUGUGGGGAACCCCCCACUCAAGGAGUGGAUGUCCUACCUCAGCCGGCAGAGCCCCAAGCUGUGAUUCCUCUGACGGAGGCUGAUCUCCUGAAACUGGUGCUUCAAUUGCACUGCCUCUUCCAAUAAAACCCAAAGUGCUACAGGCCCAUAAACAAAGCCACGGGCCUUCCGAGACCUUUGCAGGGAAUCAUUUUGGCUGAUAAUUGAUCUCAGUCCCCUACCUGCUGUAGGUCACCACUGCCUUCAUCCAGCCUUCUCUCUCAGCCCCAGCCUCACUCACUGUCUUCACACACUGCUGUGUAAAGGCCUGUCUCAUUUUGCACUGCCUGCAGGUCAUCACAGCUGUACUCCUCUUCCAGUCUGUCUUUGGGGAAGGCAGGGAGCAGCAUUUACGGCCCACAAUGCAAGUAAUGGUUGGAGCCAAGAAAAUUAGGAUCACAGUUCAAUCAACACCUGCCGGAUCUACCAAACCCUGUCUUCAACCUAUUUCCCAGUUUGUUUCAGUUCUUUCUUGUGCAGCCACCUCCCCUCAAUUCCCUGCUCUUCUGCAGCCAGCCAACUGGAAUCUGCUGUGGGACAGAUGGCACAAGGGUGCAGCAGCUUUCAGCGGUAAAGUCAAAUGAAGUGGAGAGAGCAGGUUUGGGCAGAGAGCAAGGGGCAGUCCCUUGCUGUCCCCUGGUACUGUCUCUUCUCCCUGCUGCAGAGGAAGCUCUAAUAAAUGCCAGGAAACCACAAAUACAUCAGCCUGACUAACCUGCCCCGUGGUGCUUUCUGCAUCCAGACUCUAUCCGCUGUUACCAUUAUCCCCACCUGGCUUUGUCCAAGCAGAAACAUCUUCUGGCAUCCCUUCAGUGUGGAAAUGUGUUGCCAUCACUCCCAGCAUCUUGCUUGACUACAGCUACCAGGUCUUGGGGCUCAACAGGCUCUAAUUGACCAGCUUGAAUCAUGGCCUGGCACUGACCAGGUUUUCCCAUGAUCAGAGGGUGCACUGGGAAGGGCACGGCACAAGAGCUGUGCAGGCAGGGACACUGCUUGCAGGCAGGCAGGGAGGUGGCAGACCUCUAGCAAAGGGCAGAGCAGAGUGAGAGGGAGCCAAACUAGCUCCAGGCUUGAUGCUUUGGGACAAAGUCUCCCAUGUCACAUGUCUAGUGAACGUAUCUUCUGGUUUGUUGUGGGAAAUAGGUUGGUCUGUAUUCCCUUCUCAGGCACACUGGAUGUUUAACUUUUGAUUUUUAUUUAAUUAAACUGCUUUGAUUAUCUAAUGACAGAUUAUAUGGUGUCACAUGAGAUAGUGGGGAAAAAAAAAAAGCAAAUGUGCUUGGUUUUUGUUUUUUCCCCAUCCCUUCUUUACAUUAUGGAAUUAGAUAAUUUUCCUGUUUCUGGAAGAGUUUGUGUUUGAAAAGGGUGCAUACCUCUUUUGUCUAAAUACAUUUUAUUUUGCCCUUUG